AGAAAGAUUUGAUUACAAAAGCGUUCUUAAUCAUGAGCGCGUUUGAGCGCGACGAUGAAACGAUAAACUCACGCGAUCUCUCAUUCAGUUCCCUAGCAGAGAAUGCCAGUCAAAUUUUUAUAUUAUCUGGUGCUCGUACAAAUGCAUCUUCUGUAUCCGAUCACAAGGUUGUCGAGGCUAGUCCAGCAGAGCAUGAGAUUCUAAACUAUACUGCGAGGUCCCAAUCUGAAGUGGAGAAAUGUGAAAAUUUAUGCGGAAGUGAGAAAAUAGAAACAACAAACGCCGUCAAUGAAUACAACGCUCCGCCAGUUUCCUUAAAUUGCGAUCAGAUGAUCGAUUUGAAUCAUGAAAAUCUGUCUUAUUUUAAUUCUCGUAUGAGCGAUUGCGAUGUUUCCAUAUACCAUGAUUUCGAUUAUAACGAGACAGUUCAAGAAGAUGAUUCUAAAGACAGUGAGAAAAUGAUUCAAGAGGAAUUUCUGACAAAUGAUCAACGCACGAGUUCUUUAAGUAACCUAACAGAAUUGCUGGAAAGUUUUGUUAGCAUUGAUUCAGAGCAUGAAAAAAUAUAUCAGACAGGAUGUGGUGGAGAAAAACUCGUCGAUUCAGGGAUUUCUUUGACUAGUGGAUUCAACGUAGAGGAUGAUAACAAGACAAUGCGACAAGCUGUUGAUAAUAAUGAUAAUUCGCAGGAUAUUUCUGAAAAAGGCGAUGUUGUCACAUGUAAAACUGUUGAAGAAGGCAUUAAAAAAGUGAAAGAGAUGAAGCUUGCACAAAAUGUUGCAUGCAUAAAUAUCGAAGGUUCUCUGCGAGAAAAACUAGAUAAAAAGAACAUAUCACUUUCAACAAUAGAACCUGAUAAUUAUUUUAUGAGUAACGAGAGUUAUUUUAAAGACGACUUGGAGCUCCUGAAACGCAUAGAAGAGAACGCGAGGCAUACGUCAAGAGCUGACGAUGACGAUAUCGAAGAAACGAUUACAGAAAUAAAAAAAAUGGAUAAGAUAAUCAAGAAUCUUUGCACCAGCGACGAUGAACAUUACGAUUCGGCGGAAGAACGAAUGAUAGAAGGCUUAACCGCAAAAAUGGAGAACGAUCACGAUGACGUGAUGACGAAAAUCAUCGAAAGCUGCCCCCAUGUCCCUGCCAAUUUUCAGCAAUACUCACCUAUCCCGAGUACAGAUCUCAUACGAUCGACUAGCGAAUGUGUAAUUAAGAAAUUUCGAGAAAACGAACUUUUCCCGUGUCGUCGCGUCGUUUCCGAAACUGCCAUAGCUAAAGAAGAUAUACUAAGAACUAUCGAAGAAGCGGAGAAGAUAUUAACUGACGGUCCGUGUUGGGACGUGUCAGCAACAAAAAAUGCUAUUCAGAUAACUGAGAAUUGCGACAAAAACACUUUGUCAGAAAAAUCUACGGAAAAGGUAAGAGAUGAUAAAGAAAAAGAUGAAAGAGUCAAUGAGACAGUAAAUAAAAAGGGAAUUGAUUUCACCGAGAAUAAAGACACUAAAAUAAAUUCAACAAAUACGAUAAAUGAAAAGAUUGCAAUCUCAGAGUCUGACAUUGUUGAAAGUAAUUUGCAGAAAUUAGCUGAAAUUACAUGGCCAGAUCGUCCUAGGUCGUGCAUCGAGAUACAAGAAACUUUGAAGAAGAUGGCCGAGGAAAAGAAGAAAAUAGAAGAGCGAAAGAAAGAAUCGCUAGAGACAUUAUCCAAAAAAUUAGAGGAAAUUGAUAAGCUCAUUGCCGAUCAUAAUUAUGCCUUUUGCGUAUCUGAUAACAAUUCCUGUGAACACAAAACUCUAGAGGAUGUCACCGGCGAUUCCGACAGUCUCGACGAAUUUCAAGUUCAAAUUGAUCCGGAAAGCUUCGAAGUUCCUCUAACAAAAUUCGAAAUAACCGAGAAUUUGAAAGUCGAAGAGUUAGAAAAAGAAUUGGCGAAUGAGAUGGAAGAGCACAAGAAACUAAUGGAUGAAUAUCAGGAAAUUAUUGCUACAGAUUUAGAAAAGAUCCAGUUGACUUUGGAGAAGUCAGAACCGAUACAAGCUUGCGAUGACGCAAAUGUCGAUGAAGAAGCCAAAAAUGAAUCUAAAAAUGAAUCUAAAAAUGACGAAAAGAUAGGUGAGGAAUUUUCAAAUGAAACGUUUGAGACGGCGAUUGAGGUCGAUUCGGAUUUCGACGAUUCUUUCACGGAGGAGUUGAAAGAACCGGAAAAGACAUAUGUCAAAGGAAAAAUCUAUGACUUCGACGAGAAAAAGCAUGGUGUUAGAAUGACGGAAGAACUAAUUAGGAAGCACUGCAAAGAACACAAACUCUAUCAGACUCCGUAUUUGAACGACGUUUUGUAUUUGCAUUAUAAAGGCAUGCAUUAUAAAGGAUUUACCUUCAUCGAGAGCCUCGAAAAAUACACAGGUCUGAAGUGUCUGUGGCUAGAAAGCAACGGUAUACGAGAGAUUGCUAAUUUGGAAAAUCAGAGCGAACUCAAAUGCCUCUAUCUACACCACAACCUUAUCAGUAGGAUCGAGAAUCUCGACUGCCUAACGAAGCUCGACACCCUGAACCUCUCGCACAACACGAUACGGAGGAUCGAGAAUCUCGGUGACUCGAGUCGAGAAGCGGACAGCCUCAAGUUCCUGAACAACCUGAACCUGUCGCACAACUAUCUACGAGAAACCGCUGACAUCGAGCAUCUCCGUCUACUACACGCGCUCUCGAUCUUGGAUAUCUCUCACAACAGGAUCGACACCUGCGACGUCGUUGACAUUCUGGGAGAUAUGAAGUCAUUGCGCGUUGUAACGUUGACUGGCAACCCGGUGCUCAAGCAGAUAAAGAUGUACCGCAAGACGAUGAUUCUUAAGUGCAAGAAUCUUCAGUAUCUAGACGAUCGACCAGUGUUUCCACGCGAUCGUGCUUGCGCCGAGGCCUGGAUGCGCGGCGGCGUCGACGAGGAGGUGGCCGAGAGAAAUCGAUGGAUCCAGGCGGAGCAGAAGAAAAUUAACGACAGUGUCAUGGGUGAGUUAAAAGAUUCGUUACUUGAAGCGGGCUCGAAAUGGCCACCCUUAUUCCUUUUCACUCCUUUCACCUGUUCUGUUCCUCGGAUGUCGGUCUUUGUUUACCUGUCGAACAUCGCGCCCGCCCUCGAAAGCCCUGAUAAACAAAAGGAAGCUGCGCAAACCGGUCGAGGCGUCCGAAAAGGAGGCGACGGAUAA